AUGUUUACCUUAGCGUCGAAUGCGUUCCGCGCAAGUGAUCCGUUCCUAGUCUUUCGCACCUCUCUGCUUCCCCUCCGACUUCUUUCUAUCCAGUCACUUCUUUGUCUCCCGUACUUACCCCUCUCAACCCCCCCCCCUCAUCCCCUCCCACACCCCUCUCAUCCCCUCUCCCCCAUUCUCAUCCCCUCUCCCGCCCUCUCAUCCCCUCUCCCCCCAUCUCAUCCCCUCCCCCCUUUUCAUCCCCUCUCCCGCCCUCUCAUCCCCUCUCCCGCCCUCUCAUCCCCUCUCCCCCCUCUCAUCCCCUCCCCCCUCUCUCGUCCCCUCUCCCCCCUCUCAUCUCCUUUUUCCCCCUCUCUCAUCCCCUCUCCCACCCUCUCAUUCCCUCUCCUAACCUCUCAUUCGCUCUCCCACCCUCUCCUUUUCUCUCAUCCCCUCUCCUUCCCUCUCAUCCCCUCUCCCACCCUCUCUCACCCUCUCGUUCCCUCUCAUCCCUUUUCCCACCCUCUCCUUCCCUCUCAUCCCCUCUCCCACCCUCUCCUUUCCUCUCAUCCCCUCCCCCACCCUCUCCUUCCCUCUCAUCCCCUCUCCCGCCCUCUCAUCCCCUCUCCCCCCUCUCAUCCCCUCUCCUUUCCUCUCAUCCCCUCUCCCACCCACCCUCUCCUUCCCUCUCAUCCCCUCUCCCACCUUCUCCUUUCCUCUUAUCCCCUCUCCUACCCUCUCCUUCCCUCUUAUCCCCUCUCCCUCCCUCUCAUCCCCUCUCCCACCCUCUCCUUCCCUCUCAUCCCCUCGCCCACCCCCUCUCCUUCCCUCUCAUCCCCUCACCCACCCUCUCCGUCCCUCUCAUCCCCUCGCCCACCCUCUCCUUCCCUCGUCCCCUCUCACCCUGCUCUUCCUGCCAAUUGUCCGCAUCCUUCCUGCCAGCUCAUCCUCUCUCCCUCCCCUCCUGCUACGCGCUCCUCACUCCCAGUCCCCCGCUUCUUCCCCUCCCUGCGCUGCCAUCAUCCACGCCACCCCGCCUGCAGGACUGCCGUGGCAGCAACGCUUCUCCCAACCGCACACGCGCCAUCCGCCUCACCCAUCCUCCCUCCUCCCGCACCCCCCUCCCUCUCCACACCCACCUCCACCACUCCCCACCCCUCCCCGCCUCUCUCCUCCUCCUCCUCCUCUCCCCACUCCUCCCUCUUCACCCAAACCAUCCCCUUCACCGUCCGCCCUCUCAUCUCCGCGCCUCUCCCCACCUCCUCCUCCAUCACCCCCACCUCACCCGCCCUCCCCUUCACCCCCAACCGCACCUUCGUGCAGCUGCGCACCAACCUCCAAGUCGCCGACAACUCGGGCGCGCGCCGCGUGCAGUGCAUCAAAGUCCUGCGCGGGCGCGCGCCCAACGCGGCGGGCCUGGGCGACGUGAUCAUCGCGUCGGUGAAAGACGCGGAGCCGCGGGGGAAGGUGCGCAAGGGGGAGGUGGUGACGUGCGUGGUGGUGCGCGCCGCCACGCACCACAAGCGCAAGGAUGGGACCGAGGUGCGGUUUGAUGGGCCGGCGGCUGUGGUGAUCAGCAAGGCAGGGGAGCCGGUGGGGACGCGCGUGUUUGGGCCGGUGCCUCAUGAGCUGAGGGCGCGCAAGAUGCUGAAGCUGCUCACCCUCGCACAGCACGUCAUAUAA